AUGGAUCUUGGAAUUGCUGUGGAGAAUGAGAAUGUGCAGCUGCAGGACGGGAACGAGGGAAUGUACCUGCUUGGAGACCCACAGGAGGGGAUGGGGAAGCUGACUGGCUCCAAACCAGAUUUCCCUGCCAGGAUGGUCCUCAGCGAAGAGGAAAAACUGAAGAUUUCCAAAGACCUCAUUGAUCUCCAGAUCGAGACAAACAAGAUGAAGGAGCAGCAUGAGACAGAGAACUUUGAACUGAAAAAUAUGGUCCUGGCCCUGGAGAAGCGCGUGCAGGAGCUGGAGCUGUGCAGUGAGAGGGUCACAGGGGAGAGAGAUGCCCUGCAGGAACGACUGAGUGCCCUGGAGAGCAGUCGGAAGGAGCUGGCAGAAGAGUACAUCAUUCUGAAAAGCAAUUACCUGGCCCUGGGCAGGGAGCUGGAGCUGGAGGUCAUGAGGAAUGAAGAGCUGACCCAAGAGCUGCUCAACCUGGCCAAAGCCAGGAGCACUGUUCCCAGCACAGAGAGCAUCCAACCCCCUGCCAUGGCCCACCCAUCCUCUGCUGAGCUGGAGAGAGGGAGAGCACCAGUGCAUCCCCACUCUGCUCCAAGGGGGAAGCCCAAAGACACAGUUGCCUCUGAACAUGAGCAGCAGAAGCUGGAGAGAAACUUGCUUGGAAACCAGGAUCACAUAAAAGUGGAGCUUGAAACCCUGAAGAAAACCCAGGACUGGCAGCAGCAGAAGCUGGAGGAGAGAAUGACAGCGCUGGGGAAGGAGCUGCAGGAGGCGAAGGGAGCGAUCGGGGACACCCAGCACAAGCUGGUGGAGCAGUCAGCGGUGCUGCUCACCUCGCAGAGCCAGCUCCAGGAGGUGGAGGCAGAGAACUCCAGGCUGCAGCUCCAGCUGAAGGAGCUGAACGAGGAGUAUCGCCUCCGGCUGGCACAGUACACCAAGGACGUGGCGAACUACAUGGACAGCAAAUCCAGCAGCACGACAGGACCCAGCAGAGCCCCAGCUGACCAUGCUGCCAUGAAGCACUUUGUGGAGAACAUGCUGAAGGACAUCCGAGCUUCCUACCGAUCCCGGGAGGAGCAGCUGGCUAGAGCUGCACGUGGCUACAAGACACGCAUGAAGGACUUGGCCAAGAAGCACGAGAACCUGCUGAUUGCCUACGGCCGCCGGCAGGAGCGGCCCCUGUCCCUGGGGAGCAGUGCCAUGGAGUGUGGCCCUGCCGAGCUCCACCUGUGUGUCACCGACCCAGAGCUGCUGACCAACACCACGCGGGAGCUGAACUGGCUGCGGGACAAGAAGGAGAAGCUGCAGAUGCAGCUCCAGGAGCUGCACAAG